AUGCGCUUCACUAUUGCUGUUGUUAGUGCCGUUGUAGCGACUGCUGCUGUUGCGUCACCCAUCACAUCGCUGUCUACGCCUUUGUCACGGAGAAAGGGCCCUCCAGGGCCUAUGGGCACAGGGGCUGGCGUUGCUGGGGCUGGAUCCUGUCCGAUGAACUGCUGGAACGAAGCUGCGGUAGUAGCAGGCUGCGACCCUAACGCAGACGACGACUGUUUAUGUGGACCAUUCUUCGAUGCUGUAACAUCAUGUUCAGCGGCGACAUGUAAUAUGGGAGAGAACCUGGCUGCGUUGGAUUUCUUGAACCCUGCUUGCGAGUAA